UUCUCCUUUCGAAACCUUUUAGAGUACCUAAAUGAAAAUAUGACAAUGGUGUAAGUUGUAAAAAUGUCCAAAAUGAAAGCUUCUUUAUAUUUAUUUAUUGUAUUUCUCCAUUUGGUUUACUGUCAAGACGUGACGUCCACUUCAGAAGGUGAUGGAGGCACGGAAUCAAUUAUAGAAACCACAACUGUAGAAGUGCCCUCUAAUAGUGUUACGACAGAAAAUGAUGGAGGAACCACAGCAAAUAUAGAAACCACAACUGUAGAAGACACCUCUAAUAGUGAUACGGCAGAAAAUGAUGGAGGAACCACAGCAAAUAUAGAAACCACAACUGCAGAAGUCACCACUAACAUUGUCACGACAGAAGCUGACAAAGAAACCACAACAAUUAUAGAAACCACAACUACAGAAAUCACAACUACUGACAUCCCUAUUCUAUUUUUAAGUGAUGGGAAUAACAUACUAAGUUGGUCUCCAAAAUCUACACAGUCCGUUAUUAUAGAAGCUGCUGAAGGCCACAAAAUUAGUGUAAACAUUACGGAUUGUAAUAUAGAUGGUGCAAAUGGAGAGCAUGCUACUAUCACUACAGAUGACAAUACCAAUGGAUUGUUGUUUACUUACGGUGUGACGACUCGACCAGCCUAUUUAUAUAACAACAACAGACUUUAUGGUGAAUUUGUUGGAAGUAAUGCUAGUAAUUUUACAGCUGUGUUCACUCGACUUGGGGAAGCAUUGACAACCACUACCACAGAGGUACCGACUACAACUAUCAUUUUACCUACGCCUAACUCUAAUGAUUCCUCUACGCUGCUGGUUUAUUUGGCUGGAAGAUCAGCUGGCGAAUAUUUGAAUUCAGAUAGCUUUGAUUUGCUGGAUGCCCUUAUAAAUUCAAUUGCUAUCAUGGCAGUCAAGUAUUGUGAAAAUGAGAAUUUUAUUUUCAAUGGUUCUAUAACGUCCAGUAACGUGAUUAUAAACUAUUUACUCCCCUGUUCGAUCGGUUGGCCCAACAGUGAAACUUGUGUGCAGCUUAAUUUCUCCGUGCCAGUACAUCUGAUUGAGGACACCGAUUCCUUAUGGACUGGCUAUCAGAUGACGACGGCCCAUCUGAGAAUAAUGUGGUCCAGAUACGCAGAAACGUACCUACCUGACGGUACGACGGAAUAUGCUCCACCAGGCGAGGGCAGUUUCAAAUGGGGAAUUAUAAUACUUCUUGCAUGCACACUUGUUUUCGCGUUUAUCAUAUUGGCCAUAAGGCAUUGGGGCAUGAAAGUGUCCAAUAUGAUGAGGAGAAGAAAACUAAGUGACACAAAUACUAUAAUUUCCGCCAGUGACAGGAAUAGUCAAAUUUCCUUGCCUCCUCAUUACUUGCAAGAUACACCAGCACUAUUUGAAAAUGCUUAUCCUAUGUACAACCCAGAUAAGAAUCCAGAAUACUCAGAACCAUCUUAUGCCAAAACGUUUGAAUAUUCUGAUUAUCAAGAUUUAUCUGUGGAAUUAGAACAUCAAUCUGAUGAAGAAAGCGAAGUUGAAGAAUCUGGAGCAUGAUUUGUAAAUUUACUUAUAUAAAUAAUAUUCACUUAUUUAACAUGUUAAUAUUAUUUAAAUAUAAUUAAGUCCACCUUUUGUUUUCGACUAAGUGAAUCAUCUAAAACAAAAUUAAAUAUCUACAAACAUACAUGUAUCUUACACUCUCUGCGUAAAUAUUUGACUGGAUAUGUUUAAUUUUUUAAAUAUAUUUUCUAUACAA